AUGGGGCGAACAGCAGGAAAGAUCGAGGACCUUGAAGCCGUCCUCAGCAAGCUUGCGAGUUUGGUUGACGGCGCAAGCCCUGACUGCGCCAAGACCGGGACCCUUGGGCAUCUGAAAGGAGCAAAAGUGUCGAGCUUCAAGCCGGUGGAAGCAGGGAGGUUGAAGUUCCGAGGCCUCCCAAACUUUGACCCCAGGCCAUAUCUCGACCCAUUGUCCCUCUACAUCUAUGAGCAUCCUAUGGCAUCUUCCAUGGACCCAGGGGAGUUUGAAGGAGUUGUCCCGAAAGUUCGAGUACAUUGCAGCAGGACCGAGAAGAUUAAGCUGUUCGACCUCUUGGACCAGAGCAAGCGGAUCAGGCUGUUUGAGCCAAGCCAAGUGCGCGAAGGAUUUGGUUCUGGAGUUUUCGCCGUGCUGAAGUCCUUGGAGUUGGAUAGACUCAUUUUGGACUCACGUCCUCACAAUGUACUAGAGACGACACCGAACAGGUACAUCUACACCUUGGGUUCUAGCGAAGUACUUGCGCAACUCCACCUGAGUGAGGGCGAAAACUUGUAUCUGUCAUCAAAUGACAUACGCGAUUUUUACCACUUGUUCAAGGUCAGCCAGGAGAGGGCUCGACGCAACAUUCUUGUUGGCACAGUGGCCCCGAGCGAGGUGUCACAUUUGUCGUGUUUCGAGAACCAUCUCUUCCGGCACCCCAGACUCUGCGUCGGCCUUGCCUGUCUUGCUAUGGGAGACACGCAGGCCGUGGAACUGGCGCAGACCUGCCACUUAGGUCUGUGUCUCCAAAACUCGAUCAUCUCGGCCGAGACCCUGCUGGCAAUGAGUUUGCCGCCUCCUAGGAGCAAAGUGGGAUGCGGACUUGUGAUUGACGAUUUCGUUUCUUAUGCAAUUGAGAGUAGAUGUCCGGAAGAAGUGUUGGCAUCACCUACCAGGGCAGCGGUGUUGGCCGAUGAAGCUCAUGCUGCCUACACACGUGUCCAGCUCAUUCCCCAUGAAGACAAAGCUGUGAGAGAUUCUCUGAGGUGCGAGAUGUGGGGUGUUCUCAUCGAGGGCGACGUGGGCUUUGUCAGAGGCUCACUUAGACGCGCUGCUCCUCUGUGCACCAUCAUUCUCACCAUCUUAAAAAUCGGUGCCGCUACGACAGGUCUUCUGGAAAUCGUGGCUGGAGGCCUUAUCGCUCUUUUCAUAUUGAGACGACGCCUUAUGUCGCUUUUGCAUGAGAUCUUCGCUGCUACGCGGGGCCGUGAGCAGGAUGAAGCCUUUUGGCUGAGCAAUAAGCUAAAGGAGGAACUCACCAUGCUGGUCGGUCUUGUGCCCACUGCAGUGGUUGAGCUCAGGACGGCGUAUUCCGAAAAGGCGUACAUGGUUGAUGCUUCGAAUUGGGGUGAGGCUGUGACAUCGUGCCAGAUUGGGUGCUUGUUUUCCAAAGAACUUUGCAGGCAUUCGCUCCGGAAAGGAAUCUGGACGCAUCUUCUCAGCCCAGCUCGCGCUCGUGAACGUGGGCACGGGACUUUAGACCCUGCUUUUGAAGUGCCUGGAGGUGAGGCGGACUGCUUCAGAGCUCAUCCAAUUUGGACCACUCUAGCCAAGGCUGGGCGCUUCAAACUAGAGUACUCCAAGGCUGCCCGUUCCCGGCGCCACAUCAACAUCGGAGAGCUCCGCUCAUACUUAAAGGCUGAACGGCUCGCUAAAGUACCUGGUAAAGCGACAAGAGCAUGUGUGGGAGGCGACUCCCAAGUCACCUUGGGGGCAGUCCUCAAGGGCAGGUCAGCCAGUGCUGCCCUCAACCAAGAGAUGCAGAAGUCGCUACCGCACGUUAUAGGCUCCGGGCUCUAUUCUUUCAGUAUGUACUGCCCGACAUCCAUCAAUCCUGCUGACGGGCCAACGCGAGGUCGUGAUGUUCCUUCUCCACUUGAAGAACUUCCGGACUGGUGGGAGUCGGCGCUGACUGGGAAAUUCGAGGGCAUGGACGCUUGGUUGAAAGGCCUUGGGUGUGACCCCUUCACACUUUCUGGCUUGCCCCCGCUUGAAAACUUGUCCAAGGCUGCUGAACGUGAAGUCCAAAUGCAACUCGGAAAGAAGUACCUGACGAAGCUCAAACAGAUCAGGACUGGCAGGCAAGAGUGCCAGGCGCCGGAACUAGAGCCACCGUCUCAAAACACGGAUUUCAUGUGCAAGUUGCUGAAUGCUAAAGGGCAGCUUGUGCUACCUGCCGGUCGCGUAAAGGGAGAUUGCGUCGGACGGCCAGGAUACUUAGAUCUGUUCUCAGGCACCGGUGGAGUCGCUCGAGAACUGGCCAGACUCUCUGGCCGGUGGGUUUUGAGCUACGAGAUCAAGAAUGGCUUAGACCAGGACCUGCUAGAUAAACUCGUGCAAAAGGAAAUCUUUGGCCUUUUGGAUGCAGGAGCCUUCGUUGGGAUUGGGGCAGCGCCUUCUUGCGCUUCUAUGUCCCGGGCUGUCGCUCCUGCUGUCAGGACUCAUGCGUUCCCGGAAGGUCUCCCUCACUUAACCCCGGCCCAAGACAAGAAGGUUAAGGAGGGAAACGAGUUCGCAAGGUUCGUGGGCAAGUUGGGGAUUCAUGCUCAGCGUCUAGCAAUUCCCUUCUGGAUUGAAAAUCCGAGCUGCUCCUUCCUGUGGAUGCAACCAGAGAUGAUCACUGUGCAGGGCUUGCCGUUUGUGGGCUUUUGGGUUUUUGAUUGUUGUGUCUUCGGCACAGCUUGGCGCAAACGUACGCGGGUCCUUACCAACACUGGGCUAGCCUGCCAGAAGACAUUUUGUCGCGGCUGCAAAAGACACCAAGUGCUCAGAGGACGCUCCAAAUACCAGAGAUGCAGUUGGACUAAAGUUGCUGAGCCUUACCCAAAAACCUUAAGUCUGGUGAUUGCCAUGGCGUUGACUGGGGCAGCGGGAGACAGGAAGGAGUUUGAAAACUUAGACGCUGCGUCCUGCGCUCGAGCGCUUCAGAAGGAUGCCAAGAGGAGCGGCAUCUCCUUGGCAGGCGUGCCACUGGUAGGUGCCAAGACUGAGAAGCUGGAGAAAAGAUUGUGGGAAGGUUUUCUCGAGUGGAUCGCCGAGGACUGUAAGCCAGAUAUGGUCAAGUUGCUCACCUCCGCCGCUUCUACAACCUCCACGUUGCUCCAAUUGUACGGUGAGUACCUUUUCGAGGUCGGUGCGCCGCUCAGCUCCUUUAGACACUUAGUCACUUUUGCUCAAAGGCUGUAUCCCGAUUUCAAACUGCACUCCAAGCCCUGUUGGGAUCACGUAACAAAAUGGGAGAUAGUGGAACCUUUGGUGCACAGAGUUCCUCUACCUGAGCGGCUCUGUGAAGCUAUGGCUGCAGUGGCGUUUGCGUGGAAGUGGCCUCGUUUUGGGCUUGUCCUCCUCAUCGCGUUUUAUGGGAUCCUUCGAAUAGGCGAAGUUGUCUCUGCUUUCCGAAGUUCUUUGGUGCUUCCUUCAGAUCUUUUGUCAGACAAGCUGGAUAAGUUGUUUCUGCGUAUUCUUCAACCAAAAACUGAGGCGGGGCCGUGGCUUCGUAUCAAUCUGGCACUCCAGUUCAUAACUUGGUCUGGCAAAUGCGUGUCAAGCACGUUCACACGUUACAACAUUACCUCCAAGAAAUGGCAGCUGAGAACGUUCUUGGGCAUCUUCCUUCUGAUUCGAAAUCAGCUGUUCGGUCGGUCCUGUCCAUGGCCAUGGGCGCAUGCUAGCACGCUGGCAGGCACCUUCUCUUACCUCGAAGCAGUCACCGACUACGCGGUCCUGGAGUUUGCGGCUUCCGACGUGCUCUUCGGUUACCCGUUUUUCUGCUUCGUCGGCUACACGAAUCCGCUUUUCGCCUCCGAGACCUUCGAGCUUCCCAGUGCCGCAGCCGAAUACCGGCCGUGCAAAACUUUUCAGUGGGCAGUCACCGACUACGCGGUCCUGGAGUUUGCGGCUUCCGACGUGCUCUUCGGUUACCCGUUUUUCUGCUUCGUCGGCUACACGAAUCCGCUUUUCGCCUCCGAGACCUUCGAGCUUCCCAGUGCCGCAGCCGAAUACCGGCCGUGCAAAACUUUUCAGUGGGCACCGCUUGCGCAGUGA